CCAGCUGAGAUCUGUAACUUUCCCUUUUAAAAUUGCACUCACAUCAAUCGCUACAACAGCUCUGUAACGAACGAGGGUUGGUUCGUGGAGUCCGAAGGGGUAGCAGCGUAUCAUAUUCAAGAAAGCUACUAUAUUUGGAAAACGGGGUAGCUAUACAUGAUUUAUUUGUUGAAACAGAGGAGUAGGACAGGAUUUAUCUACUGUCCUAAUCGAUGGCGCCUCGGCAGCUGAAAACGCGUGUGCCCAGAAUGUCAUUCUGCAUGAUCUGAACGGAAUAUCGCUCCACUUUUGUAUUUUUCCCCAAGGACGGGUGAAAGCUUUGGAUCGGUUAUUAUUUUCUGCAAAAAUAAUGGCGUUCUUGUUAAAUAGGAUUAUGAAACGAUGCCCUCUGUCUCGCUGACCAGACUCAUCGCCUUCACUCUGGACUGUUGAUUUAGUCUUUUGCGUGAUUUUGUCUUUCAUUUUCACAAAAGGUCUUUGCCCCUCAUGCAAAUAUCGCAUGACAAAUGCGCACAACACUGAAUGCUAUGGGGUUGAACGAGUGAUGUCAGUUUAUUGUGCUCAGACGGGAGAUGCUGGUCCAAAGGAUGUGACACGACGGGAAUACCGAUCAGUGAUUUGCCAUUCCAGCACGAGCGCGUCCUAAUCGCUCAUGAUGCCCAGAGGUUUACGGAGACUCGUGCACCUGGUGCUGUUUUGCCCUCUGUCGAAGGGGCUGCAGAGUCGUCUCCCGGUGUUAAAGGUGAAGUACUUGCUGCUGGCCUGGUUGGGUAUCCUGGUGGCCAGCUGGGUCCUCUACAUGCAGUACGCCUCCUACUCCGAGCUCUGCCGAGGACAUGUCUGCCACAUGGUCAUCUGUGACCACUACAGAAGAGGCAUCGUCUCAGGGUCGUCCUGCAAGGCCCUAUGUGAGAAAAGGACUCUGACCCUGCAGCGAUGCAUGUCCACCUCCUCCACACACCAGGUGUACAGUGGUGUGUGGAAGGAGAGGCCUGUGGUCAUUAAGUGUGGUCUGGAGGAGCCUCUGAAGGGAGACGGUGCUCCUGACUCUAUACUGAGACAGGAAAUGACCCUGUUUGACAAGCCCACCCGAGGGACCUCCAUGGACGAGUUCAGAGAGAUGCUGCACAGCUUCCUGAAGUCUAACCUAGGGGAGCAGCCCUCUCUCACCACCUUGGUAGGGCGUGUCAUCACCCUGGCUGACAUCAACAAGGACGGCAAGGUGUCCCUGGCCGAGGCCAAGUCUGUGUGGGCUCUUCUCCAGAUUAACGAGUUCUUGCUGAUGGUGGCUCUGCAGGAGAAGGAGCAUACCCCUAAACUGCUGGGCUUCUGCGGGGACCUGUACGUGACUGAGCGCGUGAGCCACAGCUCCCUCUACAGGCUGGAGGUACCCAGCUACCUGCAGGCAUUAGUCCCGGAGGCCCUAAGCUCCAGCGUGAACCAGUGGCUGGCCCCGGCGUGGCCCCGGAGGGCCCGCAUCACCAUCGGCCUGCUGGAGUUCAUAGAAGAGGUGUUCCACGGGGCUUACGGCAGCUUCCUGAUGUGUGACGCCAGCCCGCGCCACAUAGGCUACAACUUCAAGUACGACUGCAAGAUGGCCGACCUGCGCAGCGUGGCUUCUGAGACAGCGGUCCGCGGGUUCAUGCGGGGGCGUCGCUGUGAGACCAACGCUGACUGCACCUUUGGGAGUGACUGCACGGCCACCUGCGAUCGGCUGGUGAAGCAGUGCAACACGGAGGUGGUCCAGCCCAACCUGGCCAAGGUGUGUGUGUUGCUACAAGACUACCUGCUGUUCGGGGCGCCCCAGGAACUCCGCACAGACCUGGAGAAGCAGCUCCGUACCUGUGUGACGCUCAGCAGCCUGGCCAGCCAAAUGGAAGUGCACCACUCGCUGGUCCUCAACAACCUCAAGACCCUGCUGUGGAAGACCAUCUCCAACACACAAUACUCCUGAGGACCACAGAGCUCCUGCCUUAGUCAUUUCUAAUGAAUACGACCCAGGUCUAUGACCCUGGAGUUUCCCCCCCAGGACAUACAGAUAAUUGAAGCCGGUCCAAACUCUACCCUCAUUUACCCUAGAGGUACUUGUACUCCCUGAAUAGGUGAUGACUAAGGAAAAUGUUACUUCCCACCACCUUAGAUUCUUGGGUCUCUUACAGAAUCAGACUAUGCCAAAAGCUUGAGUAGAAGACAUUUUUGGGGAAACAAAGUUACACCGAAUUGAGGUUAGGGAUUUAAAAUGUACAGGCAGGAAGGUUUCGUUUGAUGCAGGAGACUGCAUCGGCUCUGGGCCUUGCCUGUGUAAUGAUAAUUUUUAACAAAUCUAAUUUAAAGAUAAAAUGUAGAAGUGUAUUGUCUUAAAGAUCAGUUAUGUAACAGUACAUGAGGGAAACUCUGGGGCAUUUGUGUAUACAAUUCCUGUGUGGAAUAUGAUCCACUCCCAGACAAGUUAGAACAAAGGAUUCAGUCUCAUGAGAGAUCCCUCUGGAUCGUUGAUGGACCAUGUAACCAAUCUGUAUCGAACAGAUCUGGAACAAAGACUGCACUCUAAACAAUGGCCAUUUUCUACAGACUAAAGAAAAUCACUUAUGAAUUGUUAUU